AUGUCUGACGCAUUUCGACCGCCAGCGGGCCUCGAAGGUGAUGCGACAAGCGAGCAAGCGCCUCUUGAUUCUCAGAGUUAUUGGCCAAAUCAGGACGAUUUCCCCGGCGAGUACUGGUCCAACGACCAAAAUUUCGAUCGAUCCCAUGCGGGAAACAACCACUCGGAAUCCGAAGCAACAGGACAAGAUUUGCCCCGCCAAUUACCAAGUUCAAUUAUCAACGGCGCUCAUAGCUUUGAUUAUACUUUCCCAAGUGAAUCUGCCGUAGAAGGUGGCCCAGCCUCAAUGGACGCGGGUUUCCACGCGGCGUUUGGCAUUCCUGAUGGGCCAACUAUUGAUACUGCAUAUCUACCAGCCGUUCCUGGAGAGAACUCCAGCGCAAUGGUUCCAUCAGAGAAGUUUGGACGUCUUCCGGCCAAUGAGUUGUACUCGCGAGGACGACUUGGCGACAUGCCGUUCCAGGUUGACCAUACCACGGGCGUGGCUCCUCCUGCUUUGCUUGAUAUGUCAGUCUAUAUGUACUCUCCUGCAAUAGAACCCGACUACUCUGCGAAAAUAACCCGAGGUGAGGUGCUCAAGUGGAUUGACGCAAACGUCUCUUUGUGGGAGCACCCCGACCUCGGCUUCCAGUGCAGAAUUUGUGUGGGCGAACUUGGAUAUAGCUGCACAGAAGGCAUUCGACCCAUCUGGCUGGACGGGUUGACGCGCUGGGAUGACGAGAGAAUGCUGCUGGGGUAG